GGCAGCUGUGUCUGCGGACAGACAAUAUACGAGUACACGGGCGAAUACUCCUCGCCCCCUGGAGUCGUCGCAUGCCAUUGCAACGCCUGCCGCAAGACAAGCGGCUCCAACCGCUCCCUCAACCUCGUCGUCCCCGUGGGCUCCGUGACUGUGAACCCAGGAUCGCCGGAGAAGCUCGUGACGAGGAAAGGUGAUAGUGGGAAGGAUGUCGUGUACCAUUCUUGUGGCAACUGCGGUAGCAUCAUGUACGCCGACCCCGCACUCUUUCCAGACGACCUGUGGCUCAAGAUUGGACUCUUGGACGAC